AUGCGCUGCAUUCGUAUAUUAAAUCCUUCAAGUGCUGGAUCCAUUUAUAACACACGUCACGGUUAUCGAAUCAGGUUUUUGCGUGAUUUCAACAAGCAAGAGGAACCCAAACUUAGGACAAUUCCAACAAAAUGGAAGGGUCGCGUGCAGUGGUGGAAAGAACCUAUUUAUAUAGCGCCACACGUGAAUGUCCUACAGAAGGGAGUCGAUUUUACCUUCCAAGACGGUCGACCAGUCUAUGUAACAUCUCUGGAAGAAUUGAAAAGGAAAAAGGAACAAGUCGAGUUAGGAAAACGAAUUGUCAAACUUCUUGGUGAAGUGCAUGAGGCCGAAGAAAUGUACAAGCAACAAUUGGAAGCCGAAAAACAGGAAAAUGAAAGAAGGCUUGCAAUGGCACCACUGCCAAAAGGUACACUAGAAAUAUCGUAA